GUCAGUCGGUGAUCUCGAGGAAACAGCGGGUUUGUUCUCGGUCAUACUAAAACAUGUGGAUGAACAGACCGGCUCCGGCCGCGUGCAGCACACGUCAGCUCAAAGUGAGGGGCGCGAGCAGAAAGAGCCUCUCGUGAGGAAGGAAGAUGUCUCUCGCGCGGCUCUCCAUCGCCAUCGCUCUCGGCUUGGUGUGGUAUUUCUCCUCAGACUGCGGGCGCACAGUCGCACAGUACUUUCUAUGUCUCCUCUUCUGUCUUUCCACUCCGCUGUUAUUCGUUAACAGUGGACGAGAGAGCAGCACUCAAACUGACGAGGAGACGGAGGAAAGCCCCCUCCAGGAAACAGUAGAGGAAGAGUUGCCCUAUGACUUUAAAGAUGGAGAAAGCAGCCAGCAGGCAGAACCACUGGAGUCUCAGUAUCCACAUGUAAAGACGUCUCUACGGCAAGUGUUUGAAUGCGCCUACGCCCAGCUGGUCCUGCCUUGGUACCAUGUUCCCGAGCCGCGCGAGCACCAGCCUCUGCACCAGGUGCUCAGCAGGGAGUUCGACUUCGUAAUCGACCGCAUCAUUGACAGAGCCAAAGACUUUGAUGUUCGCCAGGCGGUCGUGGGCUCUGUUCGUAUUUUGACCCAGCACUUGCAUAAUACGAAGCAGUCUGACAGAGAGCUCUUGUUCAGCUCCAGAGCAGAGGAGAUUGCAGUUCUCCGAAGGUUUUCUGACGCUGUAGUACGUAACCUUUUCCCCCAAUCUCUCGUGGGCCAAGAAGUCAACCGCUGUGCCUUAAAUGAGAUUAUUGCCUUACAGGGGCUGGGUCUGUUGGUGAAAUGGCUGUCAGACCCCGACAACCUGAACCAGCUGGUGGUGAGCCAGCUGGACAGCGUGACCCCCAAAUACUCUGUGGAGGAGCUUUGUGGAUCAGACCUGGAUCAAACCUCUCUGGCUUCACAGGAGUGCGAAGGCGAGGCCGAGUGCAGUGAAGAGAGCAUGGAGGGAGCAGGGAUUUCAACCAGCACAGGGAUCAAAACCAAAAGGAAAGCUAACAAGUUAAAAGAAGGAUGGUUUAAAUUUGUGGACAAGGUGAAGAGUAAGAAGGACAAGAAGAAGAAGAUGAAGAAGAUGGAGCAGGAGCUGGUGCUGAGGAUCAUGGCGAUCCAGGGAGAAGUGACCAACGAGGACGAUGUCAGCAGCAGGGAGGGCUCCGUUCACAGCCAGCAGGACUCUGACAGGGAGGACAGUGAUCUGGAGGACUACUUGACAGGCGUGCAAGAGGACAUGAUGGAAUUCAAGCUGUCGUACGAGAUGUGGCGCAUUGGCUGCUGGGCUGUCAGCAUCCCUCGUGCCGACUGGGAGGAUGAGGAGUUAAUCUUCACCGUUCACCUGGAGGAGAAGGGAAGCCCCGAGAACCUCCAGUGGGACAUCAGGAAGACCUACAUGGAUGUUAUAUACUUCCGCAACAGAUGGCAGGACUCAACCAGUCUGCCAACAAUCCUGGUGCUUGAGGAGUCAGAGGUCAACAAUGAGGUCAAAGAAGAAGCCAGAGUAUCAGUGGAGCACUUUCUGCAGGAGUUAGUUUCCGAUAAUCUCAUCGGUCUCACUCAACCGGUUUUCCAGUUCCUCUGCCCUCUUGACAAACUGCUGAAUGAGGAGGAACAUAAUGGGGGCGUGUGGGGCCUUCUGAGCGGCCUGGCUUACUUCCUGACUCCCGGUCAAGAGGAAGAGGAGAGCUCGAGCCCUCAAACAGAAACCCCUAAAGAAAUCAUAAAACCAUCUGUACGUCCAGAAUCGACAGCUCUGCCUUUAGAAAGCCCUGGUGCCUUUACUGAGGAAGGCAGUGAUGUUCACGGUGCUUCAAUCCCAGCUAUUGUUAUCUCCCAACAUGAUUCUACUUCAGAACGGCCUGAAGAAGCAGAAACUCCCUCUGCUGUUAACUCAGACUCUUCAAACGGAAACUGUUCCCAGGACAAAACCGAGGACUCUGAUAACCCCUUAACCUCUCACUUGAAAAUGAUUUUCAAAGGACUGAACCGAUCCAGGUCACAAGAGUCACUGGUCUCGACAAAAAACACCAGUGACGAAGACCCACCUGAUCAAGACUCUUCGCCACACAGGAAACAGAAUGGGGACUUGCAAGAGAGUGCAGAAAGCCCGUCGCCGCCUCAUUUUAGUGUAAGGUCAUAUAAAAAGGACAAAACAUGUUUCAAGAUGUCAGGAGGACCCAGCAAGACAAAAGUAAAGGACCAGGGCACUCCAUCAAGAGGGGAGGACUCCCAGUGUCAGAAGAGCCAGGUCAACUGGGAGCAGCUGGAGGCGACCAAAGCCAUAUUUGAUCUGCUGAAAGAAAUAUCUGGAAACUCCAUCCUCAUAAACAUAUUUGAUGCCAUUUUGAAACCUGUAAUGCCCAUCUUGAAAAAAAAAGUGAACUCUUUCCUGAACAAGAUGAACCCGACAGAGGUGCAGAUGGCCGCUUACAUUGACACCAUGCGGGAAAAACAGUGGCCAGAUUUUCAACCAUCAGCACCUUCUUCUCCUUCUCCUCCUCGCACUGACGAGCAGAAGAACGAGACGAGGGAAAGAGCACACAACCUAAUCAACGCCAGAUAUUCAAACUCUCUUGUCCUGAAGAAGACGGACAUGGAGUCUGUUUUUAAUAUUUUCCAAAACAGUGAAGAAAACAAAACGCUGGUUUAUAUGCUCCUGUCAUUCCUAUUGAGGGAAUUUCUGCCCAAUGAGAAUUCCCUAAAUGUGAGCACCGCUUCCUUACAGAAAGUGACCAACUCCACCAAAUGAUCUGUGAAUCCUUUAAUCCUUUUAAUGGUACUUUCUCAAUUUUUUUUAAAAUUUAGAAUUAUUUAUUAAACAUCUUAAAAUGCCUUGAAAUAAUUGUGAUCAUUUCUGUAUCACUGCCAAAUCUCUGUCAGUUUUACCUCAAACAUCGAACGUACUGUGAACAUUUUUGUGAAUUUCCUUUUAUUUUGUAUAGUUGUUAGUGAUUAACCCUGACUUAAAUGUGUGUGAAAUCAGAAACAUUAUUUUUUGGGAGCCGGCUUUGCAUAUUGUAUUUACAUUUUAGAUUGCACCAUUUACAUCUUGAUGUUAAAAGAAAAAUUACAUUUCCUAAAAUAGUCACUUUGAGCACUUUUGUAUGGUGAGUUUGUUUUCUGAAUUUUUUUGACCCAAAGUUUUAUAAAAUAGAAUAUCCCACGAUUACCAAUCAACUUAAUCUGUUAAAGUGGAAAUUACCACUAUCAAAGGAAACUGUAAAUAACUUGAUUUGUAUUUCAAAUAAAAUAUUUUAAUAAAGAGCUUUUCUUUCGGU